UGCCGGCACAGUGUUCACGUGCUCGCGAAGUGAUCGGUAAAUCAGUGGUGCCGUGAGAUGCGUGCCCGUAGUCCUGCGAAAAAUUUCAGCAGUGCGUUCAGAAGCAGGCGACGGGUGUUGUUGUGUGUGGCUUGAUGUGUUCUGGAUGGGAUGUCUCAAUACGAUGCCAUAAUACACCUCUUGGCUGGAGGUCUGGGUGGAACAGCCGGUGCCAUCGCCACCUGUCCUCUGGAAGUGGUGAAAACGCGCCUACAAUCGUCGGUGGCGAACUUUCACUUCGCCGGGCCCGGCGGUUCCCCUGCGGCAGUCCAGUCUCUGGCUGAGCGCCUGGGCCUCAAUGCCUGCACGUGCACGCCGACCCCAACGGGUGGAAGUGGCGGCGGCUUCACUACCUCGGUGAUCAACACCAGCAACGCGAGGGCGCCCUCCAUAGGAAUAUGGCGCUGCCUGAAGCAAAUAGUCGAGAUGGAAGGCACCAAGGCUCUUUUCAAGGGUCUCGGACCUAACCUGGUCGGAGUGGCGCCUUCGAGGGCCAUCUACUUCUGUACAUACUCCAACUCCAAGAGCAUCUUCAACGAGCUUCUUCCUUCGGAUACUCCCAUUGUACAUAUCUGUUCGGCAGCCAGCGCUGGCUUUAUGUCCUGCACGGCAACCAACCCUAUCUGGUUCGUGAAGACAAGGCUCCAACUUGAUCAAAGGAUGUAUGGCAGCAUCUCUGCACUGCAGUGCAUUCGCGACAUCUACCAGAGGCAUGGACUGCUGGGCUUCUACAAGGGGAUCACUGCUUCGUACUUUGGCAUCUCUGAAACCAUCAUCCAUUUUGUCAUCUACGAGUUCAUCAAGGCUCAACUGCGACAACGCAAGGAGUCCUCGAGGGACUCGUACAACCCUGACGUCAAGUCUACUCGUGACUUUGUACAGUUCAUGGCAGCAGGUGCCGUCUCCAAGACCUGCGCCUCCACCCUCGCCUACCCCCAUGAAGUGGCGAGGACGCGGCUACGGCAGGAAGGCGACAAGUACCGCUCCUUCUUCCAGACGCUGUUUCUGGUGUGGCGCGAAGAGGGCUACCAGGGCCUGUACCGGGGCCUUGCGACGCAGCUCGUCCGCCAGAUCCCCAACACGGCCAUCAUGAUGGCCACCUACGAGGCGGUCGUCUACAUGCUCUCGCCGGCCGUGUACGGCGCCUCUCCCGCGAACGACGACUGAAGUUCCUCCCGUCCUGGUGCGAUGGCACUGCAGAUCUCGAGCGCUGGGCACGUGCUUUUUUUUUUUUUUUGGCCAGAGUUGUUUUUCUUUCUUAAUUGUUAGCCUUAGUACCGUCUCUGUGCCGUUUAGGCAUUUACAAGUUGUCCAGAAAAGAGUCGACUGGCGAAAACAACUUUUUAAUUGAUUAUACUGAGGAUACUAGAAUUCUUUAUUGUUCGUGAGUGCCUGUGAACCUUUGGACAGGUCGUUCUAAAGGCUUCAGCGUACCUGAAGUGAACCGCAAUGGAUUGCAGUCACGAUAUGGAUUCUUUUUGUUUGCUUUCCCGUACUCUGGUCAUAAUGGCGAGCCCGGCCACAAAAGAUGACGUCCGUAACGAACGCACUUUCCGUGCCGAGGAUUCAUCAACGUGUGAGCGGGGCUCUUUGCUCCUUCUAUCGUGGAAUGGUUCUGAAGCUUGGAAGGCUUCGGUGUUGUGAACAAUUCGUACACGAUGACGUGCGUGCGUGAGUGUGUGUGACGGCUGGUCUCGGUCCACUUGUAGGUACAACAAACUUGGCGUCGCAUAUUGUGUGCAACGCGUCCCGAAGUGCUCGAGCAGCCUGUCAUGUUGAGUUGUAAAUAGUAUUAAGAGUGGACAAUGGUUUCCCCUGUACAUACUUUGGCACUAAUGUUAUUUGUACACUGUUGUAUUGUUCGUAGUGCUGUUUGCUUGUCACGUUUCCUCUUGCUGUGGGGACAGUCUGGAAUUUAAAAUACAUUGGCUUAAUAACAACGAAAGUGCAGCAAGAUGAGUGCAAGUGCUUCUUUUUUUUUUUUUUUGCAGUUGGGGGAGGGGAGGGGAUCGGUACAUCUGUUAAUGUGAAUAAUGCUUGUACGAGCGCUUUUGGAAAAGCUUUCUCUUUUUUUCCUUAUUCGGUGUUGUAAAUCGUUUAUUUUCGAUCUGGAGUAAAAAGAAGUGUGGUGCUCUUACAUAUUGCUGCACUCCAGGAAGGUAGCCAAGCAGAGGCUUUACUAAGAUCGGCCUUCGCAAAUUACCCUGAUCAAGCAAACUCGUACAGAUUGCAUUGUCAAGCUCCGUUUGAAUGUCACGAAUCACUAUGUUGUUUGUCUGGAUGGGCCCCGUUUUUAGGGCAUACAAAGUUCGUUCCGGUGGUCCACAAAUUUGCCGUAUUUCGGCGAAGCCUCGUUUCGCGCAAGUACAAAGGGAUGGUUUUCUCUCCGGCUGCGUACGAAGGACUGUACACGCCAUGUUCGUCGAAAGUGCCUUACCGAUGUGUAAUGAACAAGUGAAAAUUGAGAACCUGUAGCAUGGGCGUCUGGGGACCAGACAGACAGGCAGGCAGGACCGAUGUUUUGGACUUUUCUUUCUUUAUUGACAACAAACCGCGAUGCUUUCAGUGUACAUCCGAAAAAUCUCUGUUCAAUAAAGUGGCAGCAAGUGUG